AUGAUUCCCGGCCUUCGCCUGCUGCAUCUCAGCCGUGGCUAUGCCACCAAACGGCCAGCCUCUCGGCUCAAGCCAACGAUAAGUCUUGAUCAUUUUCUCCAAAGAACAAAAGCACUGGCUUUAUAUCGAACCAUAUGGCGACAUACCGGGCGCAUAGCCGAUCCUCAGACGAGAGCCGAGUCUCGCAGAUAUGCCCGCGAUGAGUUUGAGCGACAUCGCAACGUCACAGACAUUUCUCACAUCAGAUACCUUUUAUCAAUAGGCAAGACGGAAUGGGAAAGUAUGGAGAGGUAUAUCGGGGGUAUGUAA